AUGAACAAGUUCACCUGGGCCUCCCGUGGUUGGUGUUUGGCCGAGUCCAUGGCCUGCGAGCUUUGCAGCUCCAACCCCCGCGCGGUGGUGUUGGUGGAAAGCGCCGUUCAUCUCACUGUCGCACCAGGACACCAGCAAGUGGUCCUUCGCCCUGGAGAGGGCAGCUUCAGCAUGGCUGCGGACCGCUCUGCAGUGGCCGAGGUCUUGCAGAGCUUAAUCAAGCGGAAACUGAAGCUUUACCUUGAGGAGGGCCAGAUCCAUCGGUAUCGUUUCCUCUGGAGCCAGCAACGGGUUCGCCUCUCGGGCUUCUCGCUGGCUCCGGUGGAGGACAUCGUUCCUGGUGGCCCCACCGAGGCCGAGGCGCUGUCGAAGUUCCUUUAUCAGAACGGCUUCGCACGCCUCGGUGAGCGCGACGCUGCCGGCUGGUCGCCGCUGUGCUAUGCGGCCCUCGGCGGAAAUCCGGUCCUGAUCAGAGAGAUGUUGCAGGAGCGGGCCGAUCCCAACGAUCGAAUCACCAAGCCGGCACAUUUUGCCAUAAUGCCCAAGAACACUCCAGUCUUGCACGUGGUCUCCUUUUUACACCACCAAGAGGCGCUGGAGCUCUUACUGGAAUUCCGAGCGAAUGUGAAUGCCAAGGAUGCACUGGGACAUAUAGCUUUGCAUACCGCCAGUGCCUCCAACAAUGCGCAGGGCCUGCGCACGCUGCUGCAUGCUCGCGCCAUGGGCGCUCAAGGACCCGCUGGGAUGACGCCCUUGAUGGUGAUGGUCGAUGCUUUGCAGGCGUUGCCCCAUCGCGAGGAUUUGCCAGAGCUGGUCGUGAAGUUGGUGCGUGGCAUGCUGCGAUGGUAUAAAACGCCAGACUGGGUGAGCCACAAUGGCUUCAACGACGACGUGCUAUGGGCCGUCAUCUUGAUGGCACCCUUCACGGCUCAGCUUGAUGGUUCCGGACGUCUCCGGCGCCAGUCCCUUGAUGUGUAG